AUGUUGAUGGGUGAUGAUCCAUGGGGCCAUGGUACGUUGUGUACUUCUGUGGCUGCCGGCAAUGUCUACGGAGCGGCCAAUCAGGCUAACAUUGUGGUGGGCAAAGUCAUCUCGCAAUAUCGUGCUCUUGGUACCUGGGCGGCUCUCAUGAAGGCCCUUGACAUCAUGACACAGACGGCCGUCAAGCCCGCUGUAGCAUCCAUCUCAUUGGGUGAAGGUGGCACGAACCAGGUGCUUGAAGAUGCCGUCAUAAGCACCAUGGAUAAAGGAUUCACAGUAGCAGUGGCUGCCGGGAAUGAGAACAGCGACGCCUGCCAGGUUUACCCUGCAAACUUCAAACGGGUCAUAACCGUCGGCGCAUCAACAAAAACUGACACUCGCUGGUACUCUUCCAACCAUGGUAGUUGUGUAGAUAUCUUUGCCCCUGGCAAGGAUAUCACCGGGGCGUAUAUUGGCAGCGAUUACAAGGUAGAAACAGUGAGUGGCACCUCUGAAGCCACGCCUAUCGUUGCAGGAGCUGCUGCUAUUCUUCUGUCGACACAGAAAGAUUUGACCCAUGAUCAAGUGAAAGCCAAGCUUCUCAGCAAUGCCACACCGAAUGUGCUUCAGACACCGCUGCCGGCGGGAUCACCUAACCUACUGGUCUAUGUGUAA